CCCGGAUGGACUAGAGGAGAGGAAAUGGCCGAUUCUGAUAUUAACUGGGUGGCAGAGGAGAGAAGCGGUCACUGUGCGGUUCUGGUUGACAGCUAUCUGUAUGUUUGGGGUGGUUAUGUGACGUAUGAAAAUAAUGAAGUUUAUUUACCAAAUGAUGAAAUCUGGGUCUAUGAAAUAGAAAGUGGUGUAUGGCAGAGGCAACCAAUGAAAGGAGAACUUCCUCGUCCUAUGUCGGGAAGCUGUGCAGCUUGUCUGAAUGGUGUCAUGUACAUUUUCGGAGGUUAUGAUGACCUAGGAUAUAGUAACGAACUGUAUUGUGUUAACUUGCAAGUGAAGGAUGACAUGUUUACUUGGAAGAAACUCAGUAAUUACCAAGGGAAUCCUCCUACUCCAAGAGACAAACUUUCAUGCUGGGUAUAUAAAGACAAGUUGAUUUUCUUUGGCGGCUAUGGAUGCAAGAAAAUCAGCGAAUUAAACGAUUCAUUUGAUGUGAAUGAAGCAUCUUGGGAGGAAGAGAUGUUCUGGGGAUGGAAUUAUGACAUCCAUGUCUUUGAUCCCAAUCUGAACAUCUGGUACCAGCCAGCAACUAGAGGAAUGCCUCCUCGCCCUCGAGCAGCACAUGCGUGUGCCACACUGGGAAAUAAAGGAUUUUUAUUUGGAGGAAGAAUACUGGAAACAAGAAUUAAUGAUUUGCACUGCUUGAACUUAGAUACGUGGACUUGGUCAGGAGAAAUUACCAUUAAAGGCAUACGCCCACAGGGUCGUUCAUGGCAUACUCUGACUCCUGUGACAGAAGAUCAGCUUUUCCUUUUUGGAGGAUUAAGUGCAGAAAGUCAACCUCUUAGUGAUGCAUGGAUAUACAAUGUUGGAGCUGCCGAAUGGAGGCAGUUAGAACACUGUCCUAGGAAUAGACCAAGGUUGUGGCAUACAGCCUGUCUAGGAAAGGAGUAUGAAGUGAUGGUGUUUGGUGGGAGCAAGGAUGAUUUACUUUCCUAUGAUUCUGGCCACUGUAAUGAUGUGCUUAUCUUUCAAACACAACCCUAUUCACUCUUCAGGUUGUGCUUAGACUGCAUUGCCAAAAAUUCCACAGUUUUGCGAAAUCAACUUCCCUGGUUACCUCGUCAAUUGUUUUCUCAAGUGCAGAAGAAAAUCACUUUCUGGCUUUCAGCUGGACACCAGGAGAAAUAAUAAUGUAUUUUAAACUGCAAGUUUAAUUCAAGAAGGUUUGCGUACAUAACUUUUAAUGAAGUAUUUCACAAUAUACAUCAUUGUGAUGAGCAAAUGUAAUAUUUGAGAUGUGCAACCCAAAUUGGGUUGAUUAUAAAUGUGAUUGUUGUUCUGUUGUACUAUAUUUUAUUCAGUUUUGUAGACUAAUUAACAUAGUUACUAUGUUAAUACAUUUUUUUAUCAUUCUGGGACUAUAUUUGGAAAUAAAUUGUUAUACAUAACAAACCCAUAGUGAUUGCUUUUUUUUAAACAUAAGCCAGUAAAGCAAGACCUCCUUAAUUUGCAUAAUACUCCAAGAAAAAUGUAGAUUUUAGGUAAGUACUGAGAACCCAUUUUUCUAUUCAGUGGUAUGGUCCGGAUGUCAUUCUUUGUUGCUCACAGGUUGAGAUUAUUCUUAGUGAUAGAAGAUCAGUUCGUGGAUUACAAUGACUUUUGGGGGUGCCUCAGAUCCUCCUUCUUUAACGUAUUGGUCCUAAAUAUGGGACUGAUUAUUGAUUGUUAAUACAGACUGUAGUACCUUCUACUCAAAUUUUGUUAAAAUUAAUAAAAUUUUUAAAAUAUUAGCCGUGCUAGGAGACUUGUUCCUCUAUUUGACCGUAAUUUAUUUUGGGUAUUGUGCAUUCCUGUAUGAUUUAUAUUU